UUUUAUAUUUUACAUAAGAAGACGCCGGCUGAAGCAUCCGAAGAGCCCAGCGAAGAAAAACCAAGCAGCAGAAGCAAGAGAAGAUCCCGAUCGACGUGAUGGUGGAGAAGGAAAGCACUCGUGUGACCUCCGCAAAGCCGUCUUCUUCGCCGCCGCUGCCGCCGACAAGAAAUCCGACCAAGGUGAAAAGCUUCACCAGGGAGGAGAUCGAUCGGUACUGGCGAAUGCAAAGAAUGAUCGAGGAGGACCACCUCCUCUUCGCCCAGAAGGCAGCCGCCAGGAUCAGGGCCAAGUCUCUCAAGGAGGAAGAUCACCGACGAUUUGAGGAAUUCCUUAAGGAGAUUUUGGAGAAGAAUGGAGACGAGGCGAAGGCUGCCAUCGGCUGCGGCGGAAGAAACAAGGAACCGCGGAUUGGGAUCAAGGAUUGGUGGACCAAGAGCAAGUAUGCUUAUCUGAAUCAACCAGCUAUCAAAUCCAUGGGAGAGCGCCCCACAUACAUCCCACAGCUGACCUGCUUUUACUCCACUCCUGCAGUGGAAAGCCUCUGUGCCACAUCCUUUGGAGUUCAUUAGACAAAACCAGAUAUUUGCAAAUGAAGCUACAAAAGUAAUUGAAGGAAGGGGUAAAAAGAACAAAAAAUAAAAAAAGUGUGGAUUUCUUGUACAUACUUAUUAAUGUGGUGAUGUUUUUGUACAGAAGACUUCUAAAAAUAUUGUGUGCCAAAUGUUAAAGACCUAAUAAAUACUACUGUGUUUGGGUCAAGCCUAUAUAUCUAGGUACUGACUACUUGUACAUAGAUGCUAUUUUAAAUGGAAAAUACUUUCUGUAUCAA